UGGUUCCAGUGACAGGGAUCACCCGACUGUGUACAGUGCUGUGGGAUCUACACUGGUCCCAGUGACAGGGAUCACCCUGACUGUGUACAGCACUGUGGGAUCUACACUGGUCCCAGUGACUGGGAUCUACACUGAUCCCAGUGACAGGGAUCACUCGACUGUGUACAGUGCUGUGGGAUCUACACUGGUCUCUGUGACAGGGAUCACCCGACUGUGUACAGUGCUGUGGGAUCUACACUGGUCCCAGUGACAGGGAUCACCCUGACUGUACACAGAGCUGUGGGAUCUACACUGGUCCCAGUGACAGGAAUCACCCAACUGUGUACAGUGCUGUGGGAUGUACACUGGUCCCAGUGGCAGGGAUCACCCGACUGUGUACAGAGCUGUGUGAUCUACACUGGUCCCAGUAACAGGGAUCACCCUGGCUGUACACAGUGCUGUGGGAUCUACACUGAUCCUAGUGACAGGGAUCACCAGACUGUACACAGUGCUGUGGGAACUACAGUGGUCCCAGUGACAGGGAUCACCCCGACUGUGUACAGCGCUGUGGGAUCUACACUGAUCCCAGUGACAGGGAUCACACGACUGUGUACAGCGCUGUGGGAUCUACACUGGUCUCAGUUACAGGGAUCACCCCGACUGCACACAUCGCUGUGGGAUCUACACUGGUCUCAGUGACGGGAAUCACCCAACUGCAUACAUCGCUGUGGGAUCUACACUGGUCCCAGUGACAGGAAUCACCCGACUGUGUACAGACCUGUGGGAUCUACACUGAUCUCAGUGACAGGAAUCACCCGACUGUGUACAGACCUGUGGGAUCUACACUGAUCCCAGUGACAGGGAUCACCCGACUUCACACACCGCUGUGGGAUCUACACUGGUCUCAGUAGAGUGAACUGUAGUGGGGAACCACUCAUAGGUUCUGAAAUCUGAUGGUGAAAGGAAGGACGCUGUUCCUGAAUCACAGUGUGUCUUCAGGCUCCUGCACCUCCCCCCUCACGGAAGCAUUGAGAAGAGAAUGAUUGGAUUGAAAACAUUUACAAUUUCCAACCUCCCUGGCAUUGCCCCUGGAUUUUCCAAGGUUUGGUGGGACCUCUGCAAUGCCCCUCAUCAGUGGUGGAGUUAGCUUUUAAAUACCUCCCACUGUGUCGCUGUGAAUCUUUUGCCAAGUCAGAAUGUCAACUGCUCCUUUACUCAGCCCGUGCCUCCUCAGUAAGGACACUUACGUGCUGGGCCCCGGACAGGCCCUCUGUAAUGAUAACACCCAGGAAUUUAAAGUUGCCGACCCUCUCCACCUCUGCUCCUCCGAUGAAAGCUGGGUUCCCUCCCCUGUGGUCAAUGAUUGGCUAACAAGGGAGAAUCUGCAGAUGCUGGAAAUCCAAGCAACACACACAAAAUGCUGGAGGAACUCAGCAGGCCAGGCAGCAUCUGUGGGGAAAAAAGUUCAGCAGACAUUUCGGACUGAGACCCUUUGGCAGGACUAGAGAAAAAAAGAUGAGUGGAUUUAAAAUGUGGGGGAGGGGAGAGAGAAGCGCACGGUGUUAGGUGAAACCGGGAGGGGGAAGGAUGAAAAUAAUUGGCUCUUUGGUUUUGCUGACGUUGAGGGAGAGAUGGAGGCCCACCAUUUUUUCUGUCAUUCAUUCUUGGGGGUUUUUCUUCUGUGUUUUGAGGAUGUCUGCGGAGAAUAAGAAUUUCAGGUUGUAUAUCGUAUACAUUCUGUGAUAUUAAAUGGAAGCAUUGAGCCCACUGACGUGAAACACUGUCACAGGAAAGCAGCAUCCAUCCUCAGGGAUCCCCACCACCCAGGACAUGCUAUUUUCUCACUGCUGCCAUCAGGAAGGAGGUACCAGGUUCAGGAACAGUUUUACCCCUCAACCAUCAGGCUCUUGAACGAAAAGGAAUAAAUACACUCAAUGAAUUGAGUGUAGGAGCAAAGAGGUCCUUCUGCAGUUGUACAAGGCCCUGGUGAGAUCACACCUGGAGUACUGUGUGCAGUUUUGGUCUCCAAAUUUGCGGAAGGACAUUCUUGCUAUUGAGGGAGUGCAGCGUAGGUUCACGAGGUUAAUUCCCGGGAUGGUGGGGUUGUCAUAUGUCGAAAGAUUGGAGCGACUGGGCUUGUAUACACUGGAAUUUAGAAGGAUGAGAGGGGAUCUGAUUGAAACAUACAAGAUUAUUAAGGGAUUGGACACGCUGGAGGCAGGAAGCAUGUUCCUGCUGAUGGGUGAGUCCAGAACCAGAGGCCACAGUUUAAGAAUAAGGGGUAGGUCAUUUAGAACGGAGUUGAGGAAAUUAUUAUUAUUUCUUUCCCUUUGUAUUUGCACAAUUUGUCGUCUUCUCUCUGGUAGAAUGUCUAAGUUGGUGUGGUCUUUCAUUGGUUCAUUUUUGGUUGUUGUUCUAUAGAUUUAUUAAUCAGGAAUCCACCAACCCUUGCCUUAAAUACACCCAAUGACUUUGCCUCCACAGCACCUGUGGCAACGAAUUCCACAGAUUCACCAACCUCUGGCUAAAGAAAUUCCUCCCCAUCUCUGUUCUAUAUGGGCAUCCACCUAUUCUGAAGCUGUGUCCUCUGGUCUUGGACUCUUCCACCAUAGGAAACAUCCUCUCACAUCCACUCUAUCAACAUUCAAUAGGUUUCAAUGAGAUCCGCAAUCGUUUUUCUGAAUUCCAAUGUGUACAGGAUGAGAGCCAUCAAACAACCCUCAUACGAUAAGCCUUCCUAUCCUGGAAUCAUUUUCGUGAACAUCCUUUGAACCCUCUCCAACCUUCAAUCUUCACUAAUUUGAUUUGUUGCAAACUACGCAUUUCAUGGUAAAGCUUUGUACGCAGCUGACACGCGACGUAAUGUGGGUAUCCAGCAACCUCUGGCAGAUUCUACACUGCAAUAGGGGACCAGGAGACGCUUAAAGCCCAGGCGCGUUCCAGGAUUUCUAUGAUGUCUGCUCAUGCAGUUGACAUGGAUGAUGAAGAUGGACGUUGUCUGCUAGAUGUAAUUUGUGACCCCCAGGCUCUAAAUGACUUCUUGCAUGGUUCAGACCAGCUUGAUGGUGAAGAUCUCCUCGACACAAGCACAGACCCGGCCAGUGCUUUCUUCACCGACGCAUCUCUCAACGUCCAGGAUGCGACGGUGAACCACCUGAACAGCGGGCACACGCAGAGCUCCUCCAGCGCGGUUGACCUUGACUUCCUCGAAGAUGAGAUCCUGGGGCCGCCGUCCGGCUCCAACCUGCAGAACUCCGAGCAGCCCUGCGACAUCCUUCAGCAGAGCCUUCAGGAGGCCAACAUCACGGAGCAGUCGCUGGAGGAGGAUGCUGACCUGGACAUCGCCUCGUUGCACUUCCCCUCGCUGCAGCCGGCGUCCCAGUCGGCUGACGGCGGCCAGCUCUUCCCCGCCGGCGCCGACCUGAUUGGCCUGCAGCAGCAGCCGGCCCCUCCGCCCCCUGUCUUGGCCCAGCAGGCCCUCAUCCAGCCGCAGGCCCUGGGGGGCCAGGUGGUGAACAAGGCCAUCAGCCUGCAACCCUUCCUUCAGCAGGUGGGGCUGGGCAACGUGACGCUACAGCCGCUGCCCAAUGGGAGCCCCUCGGGGGCGCUGGGCAUCAGCCAGAUCCAGGUGGUGGGCCAGCUGUCCAGUCAGCCGCUGAUGGCUAUCAACCAGCCCGGGCAGCAGGUCAUCGCCAAGGCCGGUCAGCCCACACAGGUGGGCGGCGUGCCGGGGGUCAGCUAUAUCUCCUCACCCGCCCCCGAGCCUCAGCCGCCGCCCCAGCCUCAGCCAGGGGUGGCCCUCCCCUCAUCUGGAGUGUCCCCGCCCAGUGCGGGGCUGGUCCUGCAGAAGGCCUCGGGCCCGGCCACCCUCAAUGGCAACUCGCUCUUCGCCGGGGCUUCCGGCGGGGUGACCAGGCCCAGCCCCAGCCCGGCCGUGAUGCAGGCCCAGAGUGUGGUGGUCCAGCGCACUCCCACCCCCAUCCAGCCCAAGCCUAGCACGGGCCUGGUGCAGCACAAGCUCUUCCAGAUCAGCUCGAAGCCCUUCACCGUGCAGGCCGAGGCUCCCCCCUCUCUGCAGCAGCAGCAGCAGUCGCACCAGCCCCCACAGCAGCCCCCGCCGCCACCCAAGGCCCAGCAGAACCUGACCUUUAUGACAAGCAAGCCAGCCCAGAGCGUGGUCUUCUCGGCCUCGGGGGCAGCCUUCCCCCAAACCAUCCCCUCGACCGUCUUCAAGCCCCAGCAGGCCGCCCAGCCUGCCGCCUUCGGCAAGCCCCUCAGCCUGCACGUGCAGGGGGGCAGCAUCGUCAUCCAGCCCCAGCAGGUUCCGCAGGCUGUGCUGCAGGGCCAGAGCCAGUUCCUGCUGCAGGGGCAGCUGCCUUCCGGCCAUGGCCUGUCCCUGCCCCAGUCCCUGCCCACCCUGCAGCCCGGUGUGGGAGGCCAGCUGCUGGGCGCCCAGCCCUCCGCCACCCACAUCAUCGCCAACCAGGCCCUGCCGGCCCACAUCCUGAGUGGGCAGGGCCUGGCAGGCCAGCUGAGCCUGGGCCAGGUCAUCGCUGCCCAGGGAGCCCAUGGGGCCACCCACAUUCUCUCCGCCCCCAUCCAGUUGCAGCCCAGCCCGGUGGGGCAGCCAGCCCUCUUCCAAAUGCCUGUGUCGCUCGGGUCACAGAACCAGGCCUCAGCGCCUGCCGUCAUCCAGGGCGUGACCCUGCCAGGGCAGGCAGGGGCGGCUGCUUCGGCUGUGCUGGGCCCGGGGGAGGCACCUGCCUCUGCCAGCGCUGCCCAGCAGGGUCCCGGUGGCCUGGUUGCUCUGGGCAACGGGCAGACCUCACUGCUGGCAGUGCAGGCUGCCUCUGCCCCCGCUCCCCCUUCGCACGUCCAGACGCUCACGCAGGCCGGCAGCAGCAACUCGGUUGCCCUCCCUGUCCCAGCCGGGAAGGUCGUCAUCACCCAGCAAGGCUCGGGGCCUGCCGUCGGACAGGACACUGCCCAGGUCUUCUUCCAGCAGCAGGAAGAGAAGCAACAGCAGCUUUACCAGGCAGCCCUCAAACUUCAGCAGGAGCGAGGCUUGAACCAGCCACCACCCCACAGCUUAGCGCCAACCGUCACCACCAGCAGUGUGCCCGCCUCCGUGAUUGUCAGCAGUAGCGUGGGGCUGGCGGCCGCCGGAACCCCAGACUCCAAGGGACAAACGGUGCUGCCCACUUUGGCGGGCUCUCACUUCCAGCAGGCUCUGGCUGGUCAGCAGAUGGCUGCUGGGCAGCAGAAGACAGCGAUGCCCCAGGGCACACCCACGUCGCAAUCGCCCGUGCCUCAGGCCCCACAGAACGACGCCCAGGUCCACAUCCAGCUGCCGUCCCCCCACCAGUCCCGCCCGCCCUCCCAGCCGCAGCCUCUGUCUCGGCCCCCGUCGCGGCCCCAGAGCCGCCCUCCUUCCCAACCCCAGGUGCUGUCCCGCCCCCCUUCCGAGCCCCUCUCCCGAUCCUGCACCCCCUCCCAGCCGCCCCUCUACAUCAUCCAGACCCAGCUGCAGGGCUCCCCCCACGGGGGCUCCCAGCCGCCCCACCCCAUGAGACCCCCGUCCCAGCCGCCCCUGCAGGUGCCGUUCCAGGGCGGCGGAUCCUCCCAGCCCCCCCAUCCGGCCGAGCCGCAGCUGACCCCGCCGGCUCCCGCCUCUCAGCAGCAGCAGCAGCCCGGUGGUCAAGGCCAGACCCCGGCUGAGGCCCAGACCCCGCCCCGCCUCCUGCCCCCCUCCACCGCCCCCUCGCAGAGCCCGGGUGACCCCCAGCCCCCGUCCCUACAGCUGCAGCUCCACUGCCAACCUCACCCUCAGGGUCCCCUGCAGCCCGUCUACCAGACCCUCACCCUGACAGCAGAGCAGCAGCAGAGGUUCCAGAUGGUGACCAACCAACUUCAGAACAUAUCCGCCAUCCCCAACCCCACCCAACAGCACAAGUCGUUCAUGGAGAAGCUUCAGCAGAUGCAGCACAACAUAAUCCUUCAAGCCAAGCCCUCGAGCAGCAGCCAAGGCGUGACUGGUGUCAGCCAGCUCAGCAGCCAAGUGCAGUCGCCCAGCCUGCAGACGCAGACGCACACCAACUCGGCCGGGCUGAAGCCGCAGCCUACCGGGGGAGGCCCGGCGGCACUGGCCACCCUCCUGCAGCAGACGUCCGUCCUCGUGAAGGCAUCUUCAGCAGGCGCCACGGCCACAACACGGUCUCCAGACAGCAAGGUCAUCCCAGGAGCUGCGUCCGGAGCUCCCUGCCUCCUACAGCAAGGAGCGACGGUCCCCCUGCAGAUGAAGCCUCUCACGACGCACCAGGUUCAGCCCUCGCUACAGACAAAACCUGGAGUGAUCAGUUCAGUCUCGGGUCUGAACAUGAACUUGUCCAAAGGGCCAAUCCAAAUCCAACUCCUCGGGAAAGGGUUGACGCAGCUGGUGCCGGCCGCUUCAGUUCCUGCUCAUCAGAUGGAGAGUAAAUUAGGAGGAUUGAAGACAGCAGCGUCUCUUCAGCCGGCAAAGGAGUCUGUGCUCCUGGACCGACUGCGAAUGGAUCAGGACACGGUUCUCCAGCCGGACUACAAGUCCCCCUUCCGAUCUUACCAGGACAUGGUCCACAGGCUUCUGCCAUACCACCUGUACCAGGGAACGUUACCCUCUGUGGAAGAACACAGGAAAGUGGACGAGGAGUUUGAGGCGGUUUCGACCCAGUUAUUGAAAAGAACCCAGGCGAUGCUACACAAAUACAGGAUGCUGCUCUUCGAGGAGGCCAGGAGGCUGAGUCCCUCGGCGGAGAUGGUGAUGAUAGACAGGAUGUUCAUCCAGGAAGAGAAAACAUCCCUCUCCACGGAUAAGCAGUUGGCGAAGGAGAAACCUGAUGAAUAUGUGGCCUCUUCGUCCAGAUCGCACAAUCUUACUACCUCUUCAUCUCCGCCCCUCUGCACCACGACAGCCUCGCUGGAAGCCCCCCGGCUUCCGUCUGUGCAGAGCGCUACGCCCCUGCACCCCACCAAGCUGGUGAUCAAGCACGCGGGGGGCUCUCCCUCGGUGUCGUGGGCACGGGUCCCGCCCCCACAGGACGGGGACGACGACACCCUGCGAGCUCGCAGCCGGCCGCCCCCCAUCAAGACCUACGAGGCAAGGAGCCGCAUCGGCUUGAAGCUGAAGAUCAAGCAGGAGGCCGGGCUGAGCAAGGUGGUGCACAACACGGCGCUGGACCCCGUGCACCAGCCCGGCAGCGCUGUCACCCCUGGGACCGAGUGUCCAGCGGCCACGGCGCGCCAGAUGAAUGGGAGCCUGGAGCACUCCUCCCCGUCACCCACCUCAGCCAGCCUCUGCAAGCUGCCGUCCAGGAGGAGCCCUCGGGAAGGUGGGACGCCUCUCCCCUCUGACCGGACUGCGGCAGACCCCUCACCACCGCCGCCGGUGGCUCCCCCGAAGCCGGAGGACAGCAGGAGGGAGGGCCCGCCCAGGGGAGAGGCGCCGGCCAGGAGCGUGAUCGCCAGCUGUAAGCCCAGGACUGCCCGGGGGAGCAGGCCAGAGUCAGACAGCAGAAAGUCUCGGACGCACACGCAUCCUCCCCCGCCCGCCGUGACUUCUGCCGGUGCCCAGCCGGAGGAGCUCCCUGGGGGGAAGGCAACAGACGGCAUGGGCGGGCUGGCUGGCGUCGAGGGAGAGCUGGUACGUGGCAUUCUGAAAGCGGAGCCCCCCGACGGCUCCUGGGAGCUCGCCCUCCCACCCCCCAAGAGGACCAAGUCAGAGUCGUUAGACAUGGACAACGCCAGCUUCUCCAGCGACAGCCCUCAGGACGACACCCUGACCGAACACUUGCAGAGCGCCAUCGACAGCAUCCUGAACCUGCGGCAGCCACAGUCGUCUCUUGCUCAGAACCCCGUCUCGUCUCCCUACCCCUCCUCGGAGAUGAACUCCUCACCCUUCUCCCCCGCCCCGCACCCCGACAGCUACCUUGCCCCCAAUCGCAACGGAGGCCUCGGAGCGAGGACUUACACCAGAUGACUC